AUGGCCAAAAUAGCAGACGAAACGAUCCCUGAAGGAUACUCUACAAGAUACAAGCUUCUACUCUCAUGUCCUUCUGGCCUCUCUCUAUCUCAGGUCUCGGUGGAUUUCUCGAAAUCGCAUGAUCGGAUCCCACAUCCCGAACCUGAUCUUGAAGACUCUAUUGCGCAGGUUUGGGAGCAGAGAACACAGGGAAAUUCAUCGUUGUUCAAUGGCCAAAAAUUCAGGUAUGGAUCAUAUUCUUUAGAUGGUGAUGUUGGUACCAGUCAAGUGCCUCACGUCUGCCUUGGUCUUGGCCUGACAGAUUACAGGACUUUUGUAGGAACUAAUUUGAGCUCUCUGUGGGAGAAGUUCCUCGUUACAUCACAAGAUGACUCUGUAAGAUGUAGACAUACCUCAAGUCCAUUAGGAAAUGGUGCAAUCAUCGAGACUUCUGACAAGAAGAUUAUUGUAUUACGCCGGAGCAAUAAUGUAGGGGAGUUUCCAGGCCAUUACGUGUUCCCUGGGGGCCAUCCAGAGCCAGUGUCAGUAGGUAUCGAUGAUUCUCAUCAGCUCGAGAAAGAUGUUAACACCAGUGAGGUUUUAAACAAGAAGGCAGCUCAAGAAAUGUUUGACAGUAUUAUCUGUGAAGUUGUCGAAGAAACUGGAAUACCGGCAUCAUCUCUUAGCAAUCCUCUCUUCAUCGGAAUAUCCCGGAGGGAAUUGAAUGCGAGACCAGCUAUGUUUUUCUUCAUCAAGUGUAGUCAUCACUCAGAUGACAUUCCAAGGUUAUACUCUAAUGCUGAAGAUGGGUUUGAGUCAACACAGCUCCACACUGUCUCUAUGGAUGAGUUGAAGACAAUGACAUCAAGAAUGCCAGGUUGCCACCAUGGUGGUUUUGCUCUAUACGAACUGAUGCUUCAACGUCUCAAGAACGCCUCGCCUUAA